GUGACGCUCCAGAAGAAAGGACGUCUCAAUCCUCUUAAAACUUUUCCUCGUUUCUUCUAUCCUUGCGUGGUUUCCUUGCGUUUCUCCAUGCAUCCCCUGAUGGGGCGGACUAAGACGCAAGGAAAAGACGCAAGUGAGGGAAAAUGGAUGCAUUUAAGAGAGAUGAGAUGCACCCAGAGGAGGUGACGCUGAGGGGCGCCUGCGGAAACAAAACAAACGGGGUGCAAGUCCACCGGUAGCAGUGGGACGACUGUCACCAACACAAUCCCGGAAAAUAUUUUCAGAUUUAGCCUCACCACAAUGGAGAUCCCUUUAUUUACAAUAGACGCCUUCACUAAUUUACCAUUCAAAGGAAACCCCGCGGCAGUUUGCCCACUUAUGCAUGAGCUCAGUGAUGACUUGUAUCAGAAGAUAGCAGCAGAGAUGAACCUGUCAGACACAGCUUUCAUCACCAGGAUCAACCCCUCUGAUGACUUUACUACAGGAUCAAGGUUCUGCCUUCGAUGGUUUACACCAACCACUGAAGUGAAUCUGUGUGGUCAUGCCACUCUGGCCUCUGCAGCAGUGCUGUUCCAGCAAAAGAAGAAUGUGAAUCCCACCGUGGUGUUUGAGACCAGGAGUGGAGAUCUGGCUGUCACCCGGCAGGGGGAAGGGUACGUCAUGGACUUUCCUCUCAACCCAUCCACCCAGCAGGACCCCAAUGAGUUCAGGGACAUCAUCAAGGCUGCAGUGGGAAACCACCCAGUCCAGGAUGUUUAUCUGAGCUCCAACACUCAAGACCUGUUGAUUCGGCUGGCUGACAGCUGUGACAGUUCAGUGCUGGCCAGUCUGAAAGUUGACCCUGUUUCUCUUGAGAGAAGUGAGAGGAGUGGAAGAGUCACAGGACUAAUCAUCACCACAAAAGGAUCCCCAGACUGCCAGCAAGGACAUGACUUCUACUCCAGAUACUUUGCUCCAUGGAAAGGCGUUCCUGAGGAUCCUACCACUGGUUCCGCCCACACUGUGCUGGGAAGCUACUGGUCUAUGAAACUGGGAAAGAAGAAGAUGUUGGCUUACCAGUGCUCCAGUCGAGGCGGGGAGCUGAAACUAGAAGUGAGAGACGACGGAAGAAUCAACAUAGCUGGCCAGACUGUGACCGUGCUGCAGGGAACAAUCACACUGUAGAUACGCAAACACGAGAGCAAGGCGGGGAUGAUGGGACAGUCAUUAUCUGUCUGCACAGAGAAGACGACUGGACAGUAAAAUGAGAUGUUUUAAAUAAAAAAGCAAAGCAGCCCACUGUCCAGACUGGUCUAACUAAUGCUGAAACAUCACUGAGCAUGCCAACAUACUGCGGGACGGAAAGACCAUCUCACACUUUGUUUUUCAAUUAUUUAUUCACAUAACACACAAGCAAAAAUCACAAUGUUAGUAGUUUGUAAAAUUAUUAUUAAAGUUGAACAAAAUACAGACACAAAACAUGGAAAAUGAGGUUGUGUUCAAAUGAAAGGGAGAAUCACAGUUAGCUUGGUGGCCUGGAUGGUGUCCGACGUGCUCCGAUCACAGUAAAUCAUGUU